AUUUCAUAACCUUAGCUUAUAUUCCUAACACGGAAACUCGUUCCAAAACAAGAAAUUUUGUCUCCUUUUAAAGCUAAAGUCUGGACUUCUAUUUUAAAGGCCACUUAACUGUCUUCAUAGGAAUAUUGGUGAUGUUACGUGUAAAAAUAUUCGAUAUUGUGGGGUCUUUGAGGAUGGUAUUGUGACGUAUCACCCCUCCCGUGAACUCGCGCAAUUUGACACGAGAGAUCGUAUUUGCUUUUGUUUUGUUGACCUGUAAGGACAUAUCUUUCAUCUUUCAAGGCGUAAUCUGUUUCCUACCGUGUGUACGAAGGAAGCUUUGAAAAGGUCAGUUUUAAGACGUUACGUAGCACUUUCAAAGAAAUCAACGUUCGCUGAAGUGGUGCACCUUCGAGAGACGACAUAUAACAUGGGUGAAGAAGUACCAACAGAGAAUGGCCUAAAAACUCACAUAACCCUCGAUACAGAAGUUGCUAACGGGAUAAAACAUGCUGUGGCAACAAUGGAUGAAUCAGGCUCUGGAAGGGUAGAGAAGUCCCAACUACAAGCUGUUGUAGCAAAUGUUUGUCAAGCGAUUAAAACACCUUUCGUGAGCGACGACUUGGAUGAAUAUUUACCCAAAAACGUAGACUUGUCUGUUUCGGAAUUUCUUGAAUUUUUAGAAAGUAAACUACUCCUGAAAGGUAAGAAGUUGAAUCCAAAAGAAUUGGACGAGCUAUCAUGGGUGGUUGUGGGUCAGAAAUAUGAUGACAGCCCACAUACUUUAACCAAGAAAGAUGCAUUUAAAUUAUGGCUAAUUUUCAAGAAGCUUGAUAUCAGCGGGGAGCUUCGUGUAGAUGUUGAGGAAUUGUGCAUCAUAAUGGAGAAAUUUGUGCGUGGAAUUGGCAUCCAGUGGAAUGAACAAUUCCUGACAGAGUAUUCGGAAGAUGGUGCGUUGACAUUCUGGAAGUUUAUCGAAUGCUUAGAGCAGAAAUUCUUGACCGGAGUUGAUAAAAGUGUCCUUCGUGAAGGCUUGCAAGAGCUUUAUGAUUUCAUUCUUGAUGAAGUAACAAAAACUGGGUUUCUAACAAAGAAAGGCCAUGGUAUGUUCCAGAGUCAAAAAUCUCGUUGGUUUGCCUUAAAACCUGACAAGUUGACCUACUAUGUAUCAAGUGGAUUUCGGGAGAAGAAAGGUGACCUUGUCCUGAAUAAUGAAGCCAAAGUAACAAGCAUUCCAGAUAAAGGUGGGAACAAGUAUAGAUUUAUGGUGACCUGUGGUUCUACAAAGAAAGAAUAUGAACAGAUGGCUCCAGAUCAACGAACAAAACAAGCUUGGAUAACGGAAAUUCAGACUGCUAUUGAUUGUUUUGGUGGUGAAACACCAUUGAAGAGAGACUUAAUUGCUCGCAAGGCAAAGCGAGAUGAAGACAGAGCAAGGAAGGCUGAAGAAGAAAGAAAACGAAGAGAACAAGAUGACCUUUUGGAUCAACAAAGAAGGGAAAUUGACUUAUUAAAGAAAAGAAAGGAUGAAAUUGAGAAGAUGGCAGAUGAAGAGAAAGCAAUGCUGGAUGCUGAAAUAAAACGACGUGAAGAACUCGAAGAAUUACAGCGAAACCUUCAACAGUUGCUUGAGGACCAGAAGAGAGCAAGAGAAGAAGACGAAAAGAUCAGAGCAGCAAAGGAAAGAUUGUUGGAAGAAGAAAGAAUGAAGAGAGAACAACUUGAAGCUUUGAGACUUCAACAACAAGAGGAACUCCAGAACGAGAAGAUGCAAAAGGAAGAAUUGAUGGAGAAACAAAAAGAACAGGAAAGGAUAAUGGAAGAGGAACGAAAGAGACUUCAACAUCUUGAGGAAGAACGAAUGAAAGCUGAAGAAGCAGCCAAAGCAGCGAAGGAUAAGCUUGAUGCGGCGGAAACUGCUGCAAAGAAUGCCGCAGAGCAAGCAAAAGAUAGAGUACGACAACUUAAGACAUCCAUUGGUCUCAAAGGAACAGUCGGACCAAAGGUUGAUCCGCUUGUGUCUCAUCGUGGCAAAGGUGCCUUUACGUUGGAAGAGUUUCUGAACCGGGCUACAGAAUGGAGUGGUUUACCGCUUGAUGAGGAAAAACCCAAAACUUUAACAGCGCCAGAGGUGGAUGAACUUGUGAAAGCAAACGCCACGCCAGCAUCAAACCAGAAUAUCCCCGAGUUCUUGAGAAAAGCCGCAGCUUGGAGUGGACUGAAUCCUGAGACGUAUUUAGAAUCAGAAGGGAAGAAAGCAGCUCCUCCACCAAAGGUUGCUGCUAAACCACCCAAACCUCUACCUGCUUCUGCUGAGUCUCAGGAGGGCAAGCAGGUGUCACAGGAAGGUGAACAGGUAUCUCAGGAGGGUGAACAAGUGUCUCAGGAGGGUGAACAGGUGUCUCAGAAGGAUGAGCAGGUGUCUCAGGAGGGUGAGCAAGUGUCUCAGGAGGGCGAGCAGGUGUCUCAGGAGGGUGAACAGGUGUCUCAGGAGGGUGAACAGGUAUCUCAGGAGGGUGAACAGGUGUCUCAGGACGGUGAGCAGGUGUCUCAGGAGGGUGAGCAGGUGUCUCAGGAGGGUGAGCAGGUGUCUCAGGAGGGUGAGCAUGUAUCUCAGGAGGGUGAGCAGGUAUCUCAGGAGGGUGAGCAGGUAUCUCAGGAGGAUAAGCAGGUGUCACAGGAAGCUGAGCAGGGAUCGCCUGAGGCUGAUGAGCAGGUGUCUCAGGAGAGUGGGCAGGGAUCACAGAAUGAUGCGCAGGUGUCACAGGAGGGUGAAGUGAAAGUGGAAGGGGGGGUAGAUGAUAUUGAUGGGUCUGAGGUGGCAUCGAUUGAUACUGGAGGAUCACAGAUAGACAAUAUAGAUAAUGAGCGAUCUACAGAAGAAAAUGUUAGUAAGGAACCAGAGGUGGCAGAUGUUGAUAAUCCUGGUCCUGAGAUUGUUAAUGAUGGAUCUGAUGUGAAGAGUGAGGGUUCUGUUGAGCCAGAUGAGAAGGAAAGUGAGGGGAAGGAAGAGGUAAACAGGGAAUGCGAGGAAAGGGAAGGGAGUAAGAAUGAUACAGUAGAUGGGGAUAAUCAGGGAUCCCCUGUUAAGGAUUUCCCAGAAGGUGAUGUUGUCGAUGAUUCUGUCGCAAACGAGGAGCCGCAAGCAGAGUCUGUUGUAAAGAACAGUGAAACAAUCGACGAUCAGACAGAAGCAGGAAUUGAAGAAGAUGGUUUGAAGAAUGACGACACCGAAGCACAAAAUAAUAAUCCAGAAUUUAACAAUAAUGAACCUAGCAAUGAGAACGCUGAUGCAAAAGAAAACACGACAGUCGUUAACGGACAGUCUACUGAAGAAAUUGAGACUGAGAACGAACUUGCAAAUAGCGGAAAUGAUAAAUUGGAAAAUUCUGAAAAAUGUGCAAAACCAGAUGAGAUAUCAACUAUGGAGAAUGUUGAAGAAAUAAACAGUUAAACAUUCAAGUGAUGUUUUCAUAAUGUAUCACAAUUAAUAUAUGGUCAAAAACUUGAUGGUUUAAACCUGCUUCUACCAGAACAGCAAUAUAAAGGCGUGUUUUAAAUUCUCUAGUGUUGAAUGUAAUAAGACCUUAGAAAUAAGACCUUAGAAACGAACGUAUUACUGAAAACCAUCAUUAUAAAAUGAUGUUUAUGUUCAGACUGGAGUUUUGUGCAGUUUUGCAUUGCUUGAUGAUUUUUAAAAGCGUAUGAAAACAGUUGCUUCGCAGCUGUGAUAAGUUAUCCGCGGUCUCCAAAGAUUCCAGUCUUGUUUCACCGUAGUUUAUUGUAGUUCAGUUGAUAUUAAGUGAGAUAAUUUAGUGAUAAGAAUAUCGUAUAUUUAUUUUACAAGAUUGUACGUAAAUUAUUCUGCAUGUAGUAUUAAACAGUAAAUAUAAUUGUUGUA